CUGUCUACGUACAGGCGACGGUCAGCAGCAGCAGCAGCAGGCAGAGGGCAGCAGGUUGUGCUUAUCACCAUCUUCCUGACCGGAUCACAGGGACGAAAUAAUCACCAUUCACCACCCAUCCUGACAAGGACAACCGCAUACCAAAUACCAAACAGGAACAGUCCUUUUUUUGUAAAGGGGGAGAAAUCGCAUCGACAGCGACAAGAUGCUGGCCUGCACAGAGAUGAUCACCAUGUGUCUUCAAUCUACCAAACAUGAACACCUGAGAAAGCAGCAGGAGCUGGACUACAACAAGAACCAAGGCAUCUCUCUGGUUCAGGAUAUAUUCCGUCGGGCAGACAAAAAUGACGACGGGAAGCUGUCCUCGGAGGAGUUUCAGUCAUACUUCACGGAUGGUAUCCUGACUGCCGAGCAGAUGCAGGAGCUAUAUUACUCCAUUGACAGGCAGCAGACAGACAACUUGGACAUAGACAAACUCUCAGCGUACUUUACUCCACAUCUGGGGGAAUACGUCAAUGUCCUGUCUGCUCUGGAAAAGCUGAAUGUGGCCAUUCUGAAGGCCAUGGAUAAAACUAAAGAGGAGUAUCAGGGUUCAUCAGUGCUUGGUCAGUUUGUGACCCGCUUCCUGCUGAGGGAGACUUCCACCCAGCUGCAGUCCCUUCAGUCAUCACUGGACUGCGCUAUGGAGGCUGUUCAUGACCAGGGCUUCACAGAGAGGAGGAUGCUGAAGAAACCAGAGGACCUGCCCAUCCAGAGGGUGACCAAACGCCCCGGUCGACGCAUCCAGAAGAAUAUGUGUCUCUCCCCUACUGACCCCUACUCUGGCAUGCUCACCACAGGGGUUAGUGUGGAGCCAGACAACCACUGGGGCUCCCAGAUCAAUCAGCUGGAGCAGCUCAUAGACAAACUGGAGUGUGAGAGCCCACACCUUGAACCUCUCCAAGAGGAUACAUUGGCAGGAACAUACAAAUCGAACAUUCUUCUGGUCCAGAGGCAAAUGUUAGUGAAAGAGAGAGAUGUCGAGCAGUUUCAGACCGCUCUUAAAAUCUACACUGAUGCCACAUGCAGCCAGCUGAACAACCUGCACAUUUCAGUCCAGAACCUGCCAGACAGAUCAUGCUUCAUCAUGUACGAAUUUUGGCAGGACCGUCUCUCCUGGAUGAGCUACCUGCAGUCAUCCAUCAGUAAGACCUUCCAGGGAUGCAUUAUCAACGUGCUGGAGGAACCUGAGAUAAUCUCCACCAUGCUUCUCCCAGCCUCUUGGUGGAUUAUGAACAACAACUGACGGAAUUCAGCUUUUGCUGCUAUUCAACACAAGAAAAGCAGAAGGAAGAGGAUAUUGUAUAAUCGUUUUUUUGUCUUACUUUCUUUAAUAUCCACUUUGUCCUCAUAGCAUGACCAGGAUUGUUUUUGUAAAGCUUUGUUCUGAGGUUAUAAGAAAGACAACUGCUUGGAGAAAUGAGUCAACAGUGAAGCAACUUAAAACCUUGGAGAGAAAGAAUAGUGGUAAUGCAAUAUUUGAUUGUCUCAUAAGGAUGUGUACAAGCAUACAUUUGACUGUACAGGCACAUGAUUGCUUCUGAUUUGAUUAACAAAAAUGUGCAUGAUUUGUUAUUUCUUAGUGCUAGUUUAUUUCAAAGUUACAUCUUAGAGUAGAUUAAGUGUCAGUGCUGCCACAAAAAAAGAACCUCAUGUAUGACACCUGAUUCGUUCAUUGAUCAGCGUUCAUCACUACUUUCUGAUACAGACAGAAAUACUGAUAGGAUUAACCUUCACCUCUCCUUGUUCUCUCUUGUUCUGGUAUUAUCUUUGUUGUCUCCUUCAAAGCUUUGCUGCCCAACAUCUUUUUGUUGAUGGGGUAGACAGCUGUUAGAAGAAAAAUAAUGAAUAAUCAUCCCCAUCUAAACUUCUAUCAUCUGUGUGUCACUCCUGCACUUUUGAAAAACAUGAAACAUGGACCUAAAUGUAAACAAGUUAUUAUUAAUUGUAGUUUGUCCAUUAAAAUGAUAUAAUUAAGUGAUAUUAUAAAAAGACAAACACUGUACUGAAGUGCAGUGAGACAUUAACAGAGAUUGCAAGAAAUCUAAUAAAUCUGCAGUCUGCCGGUACUGUAACUCUAGAAAUAUAAUUCGCAAGCCAUUAUUUUACAUUUGCAGUGUGUAUUCAGAAAAGAUUAAAGGCACAGCCCACACAAAUAGAAGUUUAUAUUUUGAGUACAGAAAUUGAUAGGAAGUGUAGAUUAGAAAGACUAUAUCAAAAUUGUGUACAGUAGUUAAAGAAAGCUGUACGUUGUAAGUAAUUGUUGUAGAAAAUUGGUAAAUGUACAGUAUGAUAGUUUAUUUAGAUUUGGUUGCUCUGUUAAUGAGAGGAAUGAAUGUGUUCACUGUUUCUUUGAGGUGUUCAAACAUUUCCUUUAUGAAGAGUAAACAGUUGUUACGUGGAUGCUUUGUUUGUUUUCCGCACGAAUAAAGUUCAAGACUUGUUGA